AUGCGAUUUUUGUCGCUCUUACUCCCAUUUUUGGUCAUUGGGAUCCAACAUGCAUUUGGUUCUGCCCAUGGAGACAUCUUGGCUAAGCCUCAGCUGCCAAGCAAAGAUCCAUUCUAUGAGCCGGAUGGUGAAUCUUGGAAAGAUGAAAAACUCGGGACGAUUCUGAAAGUCCGUAAUGUCACCAUCACUUCUCUGCUCCCCUACGCCCCCAGCAAGGCCAAGGCAUAUCAAUUACUAUAUCGCACACAAAAUAUGCACGGCCAAGCAGAUGCCUCAGUCACAACUGUCAUCGUUCCUGUCCGUCCGAACUUCAAGAGGGUGCUCUCUGUCCAGAACGCGUAUGACUCUGCCGAUGUCAAUUGUGGCCCCUCAUAUGGACUCCAGUUUCAGGCCGAGGGCUGGGGUGCCUCUUGGAACAAGCUAAACCUGGCUUUCAUGGCGCGCUACCUCCAGAAGGGCCCAGUGAUGAGAUCCCUGAUUACGAAGGCUCAAACGCGUCGUUUACCGUGGGCCCGACGAGCGCUUUCCAGACGUUGGAUUCGAUCCGCGCAGUUUUGA